AUGCCGACCUCCAACACCUCCUCCCCUGUCAAGCGUCCAGGUCUGGCCCGCCGCGCUCUUUCGUCCCACGCUGUUGUCACGCGAACCUCGUCGGACUCGUCGGAUACAUACACAAGCACCGCCAACACCACCCAGAAAGCGUUAGCCCAUCGUCCUCGAGCCCAUGUCGUCGGUGGCGGCCAUCGAACUCACGGUCGCAAUCCGUCCUUUGGGAAGAACUUGAAUAAACUCCAGCGACAUACUUCUGCGGGACACAUUGCUACCGAAUCUACAAUCCGUCAUCAUCAACGCAAGAAAUCCGCACCCGCAACUCCUAUAGCCAGUCCUCGCGGUGGUCAUCACGUACGUUGGGAUAGCGGAGUAGAUGCCAGCCAAGCUGCAACAUCGUCGAUCAAGAGAAAUAAUUCGAGUCCUGCCCUGCGAAAUCCCCGGCGUAACUCUUCCAGCGUUUUGGCAAAGAAAGCGUUGGUGACCGAUCGCCCUCAUACCAGUUCAGGAAAGAAGAAGACCGUGGGUUUCGAACUCGGAGAUUCAGAUCAAGACGAGGAGGGUGAAUGGGAGGAUACAACGCAGUCACCGGAGAGCACGAGGCGAGGCUCGGUCGCUCAGUCCAGGGAUAGCGUGGAUAAUACUGCCGUCCUAGUCGACCCUCUGACAUUUGUCAAGCGACCUUAUCCGCAAACCCCUCGAGCCGCAAGUAGUCUGCCUGAGUCGGCUUACAGGAGCUUUUCGCGAGAGGAUCACUCUUCUGAUGAAGACGAACAGCAGCAGCAGCAGCAGCAGCAGCCAGAACAGCAACAGCAACAACCGCAGCAAGAACAGGAAAAGCCUCCAUCCGAUUUCGAAGAGCGCAAGGAAGAAGUCUCUCGAGUCAUCGAUCAUACAACCGACAUUACAGCCCGCUUGUUGAGCCCGUCACAUUCUGCCAGAGCACCACCCGCGAUGUCCUCUAUAUCGGCUACAGUGAAGCCAGCUCCGGUGGACACUAUCUCACGAAAUGCGUCAUUGACCAAUAUUGCUGGCCAUGACGGCUUGCGGCGUCCUCUAUCCUCUUCGACCACAACACUAGCAAACACUCCAGGCGGCCUCGCCCACGGGACAUCAUCGUCUAUGGAAGGGGGUGUUUCACGGUUCAUCAUCAACAACAAGACAGGCGUCCAUGCAUCGUCGUUGGGCCGUACUGACUCGGACCCUAACACUCCAUCAUCCUUUCUGCCACACUACCAUCCGCAGACUCCGCCUUCUCCCAAUCGCGGUACAAGAAGGGCCAAAGCAUCUCCCCCGUCGCGACCGCCUGGCGCCGAACCUCCUUCUCGUACUCAGCAGAAGCUCUGGUUGCAAAGAACCGCGGCGUUGAACACAUCUCCGCCCGACACCCAUGGCAUAUCAGCAACAGUCUCUCCUGCGGCCAGGGAUCCGGUUUUCGUUGCUGGAACCCAUGGCCGUGCAGGUUCAGCUGUCUUCGAUGCCGGCCGAGCGCUCGUUAACGGGUCCUCCCGAACCGGAGGCGACACCGAAGCCAAGCAUAUCCGCAAGGCCUACGAGAAGACCGCCUUGGAACUCACCGUUGUCCGGAGGUUCCAAUCUCCAACAGGCAACAGCUUCGCUCGCCUGGCCGGCAUUCUCAAUGACUCCAAGGCCCCUGCAUCUUCCUCUCAUGAACGCACAUCUUCCCUAGGCAAACCCAUUAAGUCCGCGCCUGCGUUGACUCAAUUACAACAAGCCAGCAAACAGCAGAGAGACUCCGCGAGCCCUGAACCCAGACAACUACUCAGCAGAAAGACCUCAGACUUGAAGAAUUCUGUCUCGCAAACCUAUCUCGACGAUGUCGACGAUGCUAAAUCCCAACACCCUGCCCAGCGUAUCCUCUCGACCUCCGAUGAAGCCGCCCACGGUACUUCUGCCACAGGCGACGAUUUCAGUACCAGCUACCUCACUAGCGAAUCGGACUUGAUGAUCCGCCGCAUGUGGGAGAGUCGCGAGGUGGCCACAUCCGGCUAG